AAAAAGGAAAAAGAAAAUGGAAAAGUGAAAAGCAAAGAUUUGGGGGCAGAGGAAGCGAGUAGUGUUUUUCAAAGAGAUAUUUGGGAAUUGGAAGCUGCAACAAUGGUGGGUCGUUUCUGUUUCUCCAUUUCCGCCAUGGAUGCGACAGUGAAGAAGCUCCACCUCGAACUGUAACCCUAAAGGAGAAGAUAAAAUCUCAGCCGUGUUUUCUAUGUAGAUGCAUCCAAAAUCCAUGGCUUCCGCGUACUUUGUGCAUUAUUCAAAAGCAUGAGAGCAUAGGGGCUCGUGAUCGUGUUCGUGUUCGUGUUCUUCCUCGAGGAUUUAGAGAGAGAAGAAUCCUUAAUUUGCUGUCCCAAUCUUCGUGCCGUUUUCUGUUUGGAUCUCGCUUUGUAUUCAUUCUGUUCUUUAAUCUCUUAAAACUCGCGUUAAUGGUGGUAGCCAUUGAUCCUGCUACCUCCUCUUCCUUUAUGAAGAGUAUCACUCGCCGCCAUUGUCAGACCUUCUGUGUUUUCCUUCAUCUUUUACUUCCUUCCUUCCUCCAAUGGCUGCCUACGCUUUGCUUGGCGAUUCCACUGGACGUGUUAAUGGCGGUUUUGAUGAUAGUCCUUUGACGAGUGCAUCGACGAACAGUAACGGCAGUGAAGAACGUAAUCAUCAACAGACUGUUCAAGUUCAGGUUAUUCAGUCGCGAAAAAUGGUGCGGAAGAGAAUCGCGUCGGAGAUGGAGAUCGACGGCGGUGGAGUCACUGCAUCUGUUCAUUCUCGGCUUUCGCGGCGGAGUUUAGGUUCCGAUCGUCCUUUUGGUUGUGGAGAAAUUAAAGGGAAUGUGAAUUAUUGUUCUUCUUCAAACCCUAGCCAUGGCGGUAACCACUCCACUGUGCAUAAUUUAACCGCUCUGACGUCAGGUGUAAUCGAAGGGACAAAUUUAUCAAAUCCUCCUUCUGCUUCUGAUGCUACGGCCUCUUCCACUACCUCCAACAAUAACAAUAACAACAACGCGACUCUUCUUGAUAGUACUCUUCCUGUUCUUCGUCCUCAGCCCCACCAUCACUUGCAGAAUCCUGCAGUCUGUGGUUUCUCUGGUUUGCCGUUGUUCCCACCGGAAUCGAAUCACCACCACAAGUUAAAUACUCGGAGUAAUCCUUUUCCCCUUCCUAAUCCAUCUCAGAUUCUUCUUCAUAAUCCUCCCACUACUGCAACAUCCUCCAUUAUCGCCGCCGCUUCUUCUCCCAUGGAUGAUUCCUCCGCCACCGCUUGGAUCGACGGCAUCAUUAAGGACUUAAUCCACAGCUCCACCGCCAUAUCCAUUCCUCAGCUUAUUCAGAACGUACGUGAGAUUAUCUACCCCUGUAACCCCAAUCUUGCGAACCUUCUUGAGUUUCGUCUUCGUACUUUGACGGAACCUAGUGUUCCUAACUUCGUUGCUGAGGAUCACCGAUUGAGGAAAUCCGCUUUGCCGUUGCCGGCGCCGGUGGCCGGGCUGGGGUUGCAGCAGAGGCAGUUCAAUCAAGAACAGCAUGAGCAAGAGCAUGAUUGUUCUGGUUUGAAGCUUAAUCUCGAUUCUUCUUCUCUGCAUAAUUUUUCUACUUUCCCCUCUCAUCCACCGUUUCAUGAGCCGUAUCUUCACUGGGGAGCAACCACUCCACCAGUGCCCACCCCCUCCGGCGAGGAUGCCUUACAGCGGCUCCCCGGUCAUCAUCAACUUAAUCUCUCUUCUGUUACACCGUCGUCGCUUGUUUCUCUAAACCAUGUCCCUUCAAAGCCACAAUCAGAACAGCAGAACUCCUGUCCGGUGAAUGUAAAGGCGGCGGUGGCACAGCCGCCGCCAGCGGCAGCGCCACAGCCGAGUAAUAACCCUUCAGCCACUGCUUUGCUAAUUAGAGAGAUUAAAGAGGAAAUGAGGCAACAGAAGAGAGACGAAGAAGGGUUACAUCUCUUGACAUUACUUCUUCAAUGUGCCGAAGCCGUUUCUGCUGAUAAUUUAGAAGAAGCCAACAAGAUGCUCUUGGAAAUCUCCGAGUUGUCCACACCCUUCGGCACAUCGGCACAGAGGGUAGCAGCGUAUUUCUCAGAAGCAAUGUCGGCGAGGCUUGUAAGCUCAUGUUUAGGCAUAUAUGCAGCUCUGCCGCCAUCGUUGAUGCCCCAUACCCACAGCCAGAAGAUAGCUUCAGCCUUCCAGGUCUUCAAUGGCAUAAGCCCAUUUGUCAAAUUCUCACACUUCACUGCCAAUCAAGCCAUACAAGAAGCUUUUGAAAGGGAAGAGAGAGUUCACAUUAUAGAUCUAGACAUCAUGCAAGGCCUUCAAUGGCCUGGUCUCUUCCACAUCUUGGCGUCUAGGCCUGGCGGGCCGCCGUAUGUCCGCCUUACAGGGCUAGGGACCUCUCAGCAAGUUCUUGAGGCCACUGGCAAGCGCCUCACUGAAUUCGCCGAGAAGCUAGGCCUUCCCUUCGAUUUCUUCCCUGUGGCUGAUAAAAUUGGCAAUUUAGACUUGGAGAGGCUCAACGUGAGCAAAAGGGAAGCCGUUGCCGUUCAUUGGAUGCAGCACUCUCUUUAUGAAGUCACUGGUUCUGAUUCCAAUACGCUAUGGCUUUUGCAGAGAUUGGCCCCAAAAGUGGUGACGGUGGUGGAACAAGAUCUAAGCCACACAGGCUCGUUCUUGGGGAGAUUCGUAGAGGCCAUUCACUACUAUUCCGCACUGUUCGACUCAUUGGGUGUCAGCUAUGGCGAAGAGAGUGAAGAGAGACACUUAGUGGAGCAGCAACUUUUGUCAAGGGAGAUCAGAAACGUGCUGGCCGUGGGUGGGCCGUCGAGGACCGGCGAAGUAAAGUUCCAAAACUGGAGAGAAAAGCUACAGCAAUCUGGGUUUAAGGGCAUUUCUCUCGCCGGAAAUGCUGCAACUCAGGCCACUCUCCUCCUCGGAAUGUUCCCUUCCGAUGGGUAUACGCUUGUAGAAGAUCAUGGGACUCUGAAACUUGGAUGGAAGGAUCUCUGUUUGCUCACAGCCUCAGCUUGGAAGCCGCCCUUUCAUCAUCAUGCCGCCGCCGCCGCUGCUGCUACUGCACCGGCCACCAACAACAACCACAUUCCACGGUACUGAAGUUCUUUCUUUCUCUUUAUUUUUAAAAAAAAUUCUAUAUAUUAUUGGUUUUUGUUUCGAUAAUAUCAUCAUAAUGGUUAUUUUCAUUUCCCCCUUUUCCAACCAUAAUGACAAGCUUUUGAUCUUCAUCUUGUUAUGAUUAUAACCUUUUUUUCCAUGUCCAUUGUAUACCAAAUUAUCUUCGCCUCU